UGUAGUUUUGUUCUUUGAUGUUAGGUAAUUCCGUUUCCGCUGCAAGCACUGAGGAUGCUGAGAACAACAAUAAAGUGCCUUGUAUCUUUUGACGGAGAUUUGGUGAAAUUAAAUCUAUUUUCACACUAAAUAUCGAUUUGUAUAGCAGAUUAACGGAUGUCAUUGGCAUGAAAAAAAACUUUCUUUUAUCCUGGAUAUAUCUUCAAUAUUUAACAUCUUUUACAGUCUUAAGGAAAAUAUUAUACAGAACACAUCUAAGCCUAUUUCUAUAAAUCUCUGGUAGAAAUUCUAUGAAAUGUUUGCUCUGAACUGAGAUUAGUAGCAACAUUUUUCUACUUCAAUAUCUGAUGCUUUGCAUUCUCGUUACUCUUUGAUGACUUUCUAAAUUUAUAGCAUCUUUAGAUAUCAGUGAAGUUCGCAAUUGAUUGCAUUGAAAACAUUUGUAAGGAAUAAACUAUAACUAAAAGAAGAAGGAAGAUGCAGGUAAAAAUUUAAUGUGGUAAGAAACUUCAAGGAUUGGGUCUAUUUUCAUCCAUCUAAAAGAUGUCGAACGAUGUGCAAAAAUCAUUCUAUCAUUGUGAUAUCUGUGGUAAAGUAAUCUCUCAAAGAAGGGACUUAACUAUACACAGACGUACUCACACAGGAGAAAAACGAUUUCACUGCAAAAUCUGUGGCAAAUCAUUCUCUGGAAAUAGCCAGUUAACUAAACACAAACAUAUUCAUACAGGAGAGAAGCCGUAUCAGUGUGACAUCUGUCGUAAAUCAUUCUCUCAGAUUACUCACUUAACACGUCACAAACGAAUUCACACUGGAGUGAAGCCAUUUCACUGUGAUAUCUGUGGUAAAUCAUUCUCUGCAAAUAGUGAUAGAACUCGACAUGAACGUAUUCAUUCAGGAAACACACCAUUCCACUGUAAUAUUUGUGGCAAACCAUUCUCUCUAAGUUGUCAUUUAGUUGAACACAAACGUACUCAUACAGGAGAAAAGCCAUUUCACUGUGAUAUUUGUGGUAAAUCAUUCUCUGUAAGUAGUAACUUAAAUAGACACAAACGUAUUCAUACAGGAGAGAAACCAUUUCACUGUGAAAUUUGUGGUAAAUCAUUCUCUGGAAGUUACGAAUUAACUAAACACAAGCAUAUUCAUACAGGAGAGAAGCCAUUUCACUGUGAUGUCUGUAGUAAAUCAUUCUCUGCAAGCAGUAAUUUAUCUAAACACAAGCGCAUUCAUACAGGAGAGAAACCAUUUGGCUGUGAUAUUUGUGGUAAAUCAUUCUCUGCAAGUGGUGACUUAACUAAACACAAACGCAGUCAUACAGGAGAGAAACCAUAUUGCUGUGAUAUCUGUGGUAAAUCAUUCUCUGCAAAUAGUGACAGAACUCGACACGAACGUAUUCAUACAGGAGAGACACCAUUUCACUGUGAUAUCUGUGGCAAAUCCUUCUCUGCAAGCAGUAAUUUAACUAAACACAAACACAUUCAUACAGGAGAGAAGUCAUUUCACUGUAAUAUCUGCAGUAAAUUAUUCAUUACAAGCAAUGAUUUAACUACACACAGACGCAUUCAUACAGGAGAGAAACCAUUUGGCUGUGAUAUCUGUGGUAAAUCAUUCUCUCAGAGGACCAACUUAACUAGUCACAAACGUAGUCAUACAGGAGAGAAGCCAUAUCACUGUAAUAUCUGUGGUAAAUCAUUCUCUCAAGGUAAUAACUUAGCUAAACACAUAUAUAUUCAUACAGGAGAGAAGCCAUAUCACUGUGAUAUCUGUGGCAAAUCCUUCUCUGCAAGCAGUAAUUUAACUAAACACAAACACAUUCAUACAGGAGAGAAACCAUUUCACUGUAAUAUCUGAGGUAAACCAUUCACUGCAAGCAGUGGCUUAGCUAAACACACAUGCUGUCAUACAGGGGAGAACCCAUAUCACUGUUAUAUUUGUAUAAGCCCUCGACUAUACAGCCUUAUUUUUCUUUUGAGGAACAACGUUGUUUCGUUCAACUUAUGGCCCUGCUAACAUUUGAUUGACGCAUUUUCCUCUUGAUCUAUAACCCUUCUAGGCCACAAAGAGUUUAAAUAAAUGAAAUAAGUUACCCCACAGGUGACUAGUCACUGUUCAA